UAGUGAGACAUUUGGAGCGUGUGCUAACCAAUGUCAGUUUUGUUGAUUUUUAAUUGUAAAAUUUCUUUGUGUGUAAACGAAAUUGUGUGUUUAAGUUAAAUAUAAAGUAAUAGGUGCGAUGAGUGAUGUGCGUCCUUUGGAGUACGAUAUCAAGUGGGAUGAGUGGGAAAAUAUGCCCAUAACAGACAUUAACGUCAAGAAUUAUGACCUCGCUAUUGAAUUCAUGUGGGAACACUCAUUUCUGCAGAGCAUUGUUUACGAGGGCCUGGGUCUGCACGACAUGCCCGAGAUGAAGCCCAUAUAUCGCGAAUAUUGUUUGCAUAUCUUGCGUAACGAGUGCUCGAUUAUGAUGCUGGACCAAAGCGAAACCAAGAUCUUGGCAGUAGCUCUGCUAGAAUGGAUGACCGAUGCGUGGCAUUCCUGGGUGUUUCUGCCCGCGUUCGUUGGGAAAGGCCUCUUUCAGCGCCUGAUCGAACUGAAGGAUAACCUUAUAGCAUCCACCAAGAAGAGCUUGCAGCUGGAUAACUUUGAUGCCCUGAUGGUGCAUGAGAUUGGCUUCCCAGAAGACUUGUACGAGGAUCAGUCCUUCCAGAUGUGCGUCUUCGAUGUGUUUGGCGUGGUCGCACAGCACAUGCAUAUGCCACGAGUCUGUUUCAUUGCCCUUACCACCAAGGAUCAGUAUGUCGCCGAGCUGGCUGAGUAUGAGGAAAUCGGCAGAUCCAUCUAUUCCAUUUACAAGGUCGAAAAUACCCGGCCAUUCGACUGUUUGCGCGACUUGGACGAAAUGUACGCUUUGCUCUAUGAAUUGCCAAUGGAUCCGAUCGUCCAUUAUAUGGAAUGGCCUGGCUUCGAGGAAUUCCACGAAGCGCUCAAGGCACAAGAGCGCAGAGAACGAGAGGAAGAGCUAAUGAGACAAAAUGAGGCGUGAAACUGCACUCGAUAUAGUCUUUCUUUUGGCAUGUUUUAUAUGGGAAUGUAAGGCUUAAUAGAGAUUCCUCCUAUUUGGCAAUAAAAU